UCUAGUGGCUGCACACUGAAUAUACUUUAAUGUGAUGGUAUAAAGUGAUGUUCUUAAAACGGCAAAUGAUUAUCUAAUUCAGUUAUAACUACACGCACAGGUCAUGAGAAAUGCGUAAUGGGACAGAUGAUUAAGUAGAGAUUUCUGAUCCUACAUUGUGACCAUAAAAGGGAAGAUUUAAUCGAGAACAAAAAGCCACAAACUGCAGAUAUCCUGCCUCUUGCUUUUUUGUCAUUUGAAAAUAUUUGUUGAUAUAGGUGUGAUCUUGAAUGAAAGAUUUGAACAAAUGAUUAUAACUUCAUAUAAAUCCUCCACCAAGCCUGCAAGAGAGUGGAAACCAAACAACACCUUUGACCUCUUGAGGCCUAUUUGGUUCUCUCCAUAUGUCCGUACCUGCAAACAUGUCACCAUGCUUAUGCUGAAACUCACAUCCUCCGGAGAUUACUGGAAAACUGACGGGUGGGACCAUCCAUCUAUAAAUGCAAUCGGUGCUCGUCUUCCGGCGGAGCGUCAGGAUGCUCCUCAACUUCACCAUCCCUCUGUCGGUGGACUUCAGCACCCCCGAGGACUUCGUCGUCUUCAUCUUCCACAUCCUGUUCGCCACGAGCGCCGUGCUCGUCGCCGGCUCGGUGGUCGUCACGAUAUCCUCCACGCGGUCUCUGCGAGGCCAGAACCGUUUCAUAUUUAUGCUGAACACGAGCAUCAGUGACACUCUGACCGGCUUCUCGGUUUAUUACCUCGGCCUCUUCGACGUGCAAGAGGGCUACCCCUCGAGGAACGGGACGUACUACAUCCUACCGUCAUUUCUAGGCGUUAAUGUGCUGACCUUCCUCUUCGCUCAGUUCGACCGGUACUUCGCUGUGUGUCACCCGUUCUUUUACAACCGCUACGUAGCAAAGUCGGUUGUCGUUUCGAUUUGUGCUUUUUGCUGGAUCUACACAUACACCAUCCUCACCGUGCAGAACAUGGUGCCCAUCUCAAAGGCGGCUCAGAUAAACGCGUUCGGUGUCAUGACUCUCCAGAUUAUAGUUCUGAUCAAGGUGCUCAUGACGAUUAAGUUGUACAUCAUAGCCAGGAAUCACCUGGCGAGAGAGGCCCCCAGCGCCGACAGAGACAACAAGAACGAGUCGCUGCGCAUCAUCGUGUUUGUGGUGAUUUGCUUCUUGGCUCUGUGGUGUCCCUCCUUUGUCAAUAUUAUCGUCAGACAGCUGACCAGGAAAGGCCUGAGGUUUAGGAACGAAGCCACCAACUUGUUCGCCACCAUGGCGCGCCUCAACGCGCUGGUCACCCCCGCUGUGUACAUCUGGGGAAGUCCGGCGCUGCGCCUGGCCGUGUGGAGAACAGUGUGGCGCAGGGUCUGCCCCACACGCAGGCUAAGGUGAGAGACGGGCAAGCAGUUUUCUCCAAAAUUUGUUUUUGACUGUAAUAUUAUCUCUCUCUUUUUUUCUUUCAGAAUUGGUUUUGCCUGGAAGCUGCCUGCAACGACAUCAUAAAAGGGACACGUUUGAGAUAGAUCAGGUGAAUGAAGCUAGUCGAAAUAUUCUUCCUCUAUGUGCCAUAGACAAAAUACAAGAACAAUCCUUUCGCUUAAGCCUCCCUCAGAAAUUUAAUCUGGGAAGGAUAAAUUGUUUCUCCACAUCAUCAUUUUAUCGUUACAAUUUAUCAGAUGCUACAAUAAAGGUUAAACGAGUCACGUCCCUGUAUCCAAUGUUGUAAUUAUACAACAAAACGUUUUUUCAUCUUU